AUGCAAUCGCCCGGAGGCGUAUCCUCUUCCUCUUCGGAGCACUCGGCUUCGGAUGGAUCAGUAAAUUGUAGCGAUGAUUUUAAAGACCCAGUGAAAUCCCAAAGUUUUGAGAAAGUAUUUGACGUCAUAAAACAGUAUGGAAGAUACCAAUUUCUGACCUUCUUAUUGGUCCAAUAUAUCAUGUUAAAUUCUGCUGGAAACUAUUUAUUUGUCUCAUUUGCCACAUUGAAGCCGGAAUGCGAGAUUGGAGAAGUGAAUGUGAGUGCCGUCAGUAUUGCACAUCGUACAAAAAAUUUGUUGAAAAACAAACAUUUUUAUUGUUAAAAAUAUUAUAAAAAGGCAUUGCAUGUGCCUCCAAUACUCCACAUCGUAUUUUACAUUCAAAAACUCAUAAUUAUUUAGUCAUCGUUUUUUAAGUCAUAAUUUUUCAGCAAAUCCCGGAUGUCUGUUCCCGCAUCGAUCAAUGUCCCCUAAACCGAACCCGAAGCCCAUUUUACUCCUUAUAUCAAGACAACGGGUUCGUAUGUCCUCACAGUUAUCUACCCAAUCAUAUGCAAACCCUACAAGCGGUUGGCAGCGGAAUCGGCGCCCUUCUUGGAGGCCACCUGGCUGAUAGUUAUGGAAGGUAAAAUUAAAAUAAAUUACCGCAAUAUUAUGCAAAUUAUGAUGAUAAUACAUGUCAACUAAUUUCAGGAAAUGGAUCACUAACUCAGGGGCUUUUUUGAUGACUUUAUUUGGAUUUGUUGGAGGAUUCUCCCCAAACGCCAUAUUGCUUUUUGUGGCGAUGUUUGGAAUGGGUCUAGCUUAUGGAAUAUUGAUUGAUGCGUUGAUGACACUGACAACAGAACAAGUUGGUCCCAAAUAUCGAAUUAUUCAAACAUUGGCGUUCCAAUGGACCGUUUCUAUGCAGGUAGGCCAACUUCUAGACUUCCAACGAAGACUCAAAGCAAUGGGUUAGAUAAACAGUUAACACAUUCAGUCAGACAUUUGUGUAAAAAAUCGCAAAGCACCAGAAAACUAUUUGUCAUAGAAGGGCAUCUAUAAGAAGAAAAUGUUUUUUGUCUAGUUGACUCUUUCUCUAUACGUGCUCUCUCAAUAAAAGAGAUUGUUUAAUAUACAAAUAACCGCUGGAAAACGCAAACUAGACCUUGUUUAAUAUGUGACCUAGUCCAAACACGUAUGCAAAGAUUUAAAGAAAAUGUGGGCUCUAGGAAACUAUAACUUUGCACCAUUCUAGGUAGCCGCUUUGAUCGCGUGGCUGGUCCGAGACUGGAGAAAAUACUUGCUCCUCAUCAACGGAGUCUGCUCUCCAGUUUUGCUCUUGAUGUACCUCUUCUGGGUGGAAUCUCCUCGAUGGCUCAUCCAAAAACGACGAUAUUCCGAGGCCGCAAUGGCGUUGAAUCGGAUUGCUUGGUGGAACCGGGUCAAUGAACGUUUCGAUGAGACAAAAUUGAAGAAUAUGAAUGUCAAAUCAGAGAAGAAGUAAGAAAUUUUAGCGAAAUAAUAUCAUUAUUCAAUGUUUCAGGGAGCAGACCUACACAUUUGCCGAUUUAUUCGCUCAUAAGCACUUAUUUUCCUACUCAAUUGUUAUGAUCUUGUCAGCAUUAACGGUCGAACUAUGCGGUGGAGUCAUCAUUUUUGAUAUCCAGGUAGGUCUUUAGUUGUUAUCAUUAAAAAUCGUUUUAAAAUUUAGGUAAUUUCAAUUAUCACUUUUUAGAUUUUGGCCGGAGAUCCCUUUCUGAACAUGGUUUUAUACGGGGUGCUUCGUCUUUGGACUCCAUUCUUUAUUGUUUUCGUUGAGACUCAUUCCUCAUCAGUUGGUCGAAGAAGUCUCUUUUUGUAUUCUCAAGGUAAUUAUCAUUGCCAUUUCGCAUAAUUAUCAUCUUUUUUCAGCCUUCAGUAUUAUCUGCUAUCUUGGCGUCAUAGUUUUUGGCCUCGUGCCCAAUGUAUAUUCGGCCAAGAUCAUUCGAACUGUCCUGGCGAUGUCUGGAGCCAUGGUAAACUCUUCAAUCUUUUUCACUGCCUACAAACAGUACAGUAUGGAGCUGUACCCCACUCUGAUGAGAGCCAUUGCUGUUGGGACGUUUGGAGUGGUAGAGAGGAUCGGCGGUGGCCUAGCCCCGCAGCUUGUCAGCCUAAAUAGUUUUGCUUGGUCGGACGCCGCGUUGUGUAUAACAACUGUAAUCAUGGCCGCUUCUUGGCUGGCUGGGCUGGCGGUUUUGCCCGAGACAAAGAAUGAGGACAUUCCUGAUGUGGUGGAGGAUCGAGAGAACGGAAGUGUCAUGUAA